AACUUUGUCCCCUAUGGUGCUUCCAUACUUUUGGUUCCUGUGGGAAGUGUCCAAAUGGCCCUGAUGAAAAAGGGCCAUAGUGAGGGUCUCUAGAAUUUCCUCUGGGAUCUACAUUGCUUAUGAACUAAGCUGUGUUAUAGAGAGAGUGUGUAUGGCACAGCCCAUCUCUGGCGUUUCUCCAGGUGCCGUUCUGUUUUAGUGGCCUUCAGAGUUCAAAGACUGAUAUUCCCUUACCUCCUUCUGAAGCGUUCACAGAUCGGCUGCCUCUCUGAAGCCAUGCAGGACUCCGAAACUCUGCUCAAACUUCUCUGCUGUGUAGGUAUCAUGCAGCAAAUGAUCUUUGUAGUGAGUGACCUGACUGGAGAGGACCUCGGCUGUCCUGAUCUCAAAUCCCACUGUGUCCAGGAGUCACAGGACGUGGACGAGUCUGUUGCGAUGGUGGAUCUAGAAGAUAAAAAUAAAAAAGUGAAGACUGACACAGAAAGAAACAUUCGUCCGUGCCAACAUAUGAUGUCAUUUCCUUUGUCACCUGUUGAUUUAAGCGGGCCAGAUUCACAGACACUAGCAAAUGGAUCUUUGGAAAGACUAUCCAAAUUAGAGAUGGCAACAUCGAGGUGCCUUUCUGAUUCUACGUAUGAAAUUAAAUCUGAAUUGGCUGAAGCCUCUAGUUUUGACCAAGAGAAGGCAGGUGGAGGUGGGACAUACAAGAAGAAAACUUUAAUUUCGUCUUUCGCCAUCCAGCCCAAUGACACAACUCAAUCAUUUAUUUUUCCGAAGAACACAAGCAUGCUUGAGCCCGAACCUCAGGCCGUAAGCAUAAGAAAUAUCGAUUCUACAGCAGGUAGAUCCGUUUCACAAUCUAAAGAGUCUUUCAAGAUGAGCACUGACGUCAAAUUAGAGGUCAAAGGUCAAACUAAUAAGGAGCCCCUGCAGAUAUUACAGUCAUCUGUCAUAAUCCUGAAGAACAGAACAGAGCUUGCCAUUUCAGUCAACUCAAACCCAGUGGAAAUGCCUAGGCCAGCAAAAAAUGUCCAUCCGACUGAUAUUUUAGGUACAGCCAAAGAUUCAUCACGGACAAAAUCUGUUAAGGAUUCAAUCACAGCGCCAAGUGGUUCACUUCGAAACCUGACCCGUGCAACCAUGGAAACCAGCACCGGCAGCGCCUCAGUCAAUAAAGUAAAGUCACUGGAGAAGAAUGAAGAAAUCAGAGCCACUAUUCGACCCACGACACCGAUGCAAACUCAACCCAUGGAAAUGACUCAGCAAAAGCCUUUUCAUCAACCUGGGAGUCCCAGUGCUGAAAGAGAGGAAGAGAGAGAGCAAGAGAAGAUUAAAGAUACAGAUGAGGCUCCACAGAUUAGACAAGAGGAUCUCAGAUAUAGAAGUGAGCAAAAAGUGACUGAAGUAUCAGAGACUGAUGAUUGUUAUUCUGGUGAUACUGCUGCCUGUUCAGGACGUCCUACCACUGUGCCAAAUACAGCAACAGAGACCCACUCCAAUCAGAUGCACAGAAACAUAAACAGAGAAGGAGGUCUAGUACACACAUCGGGUUUCAGAGGCCUAAUGGGGCAUCCCGGCCCACCUGGCUUGCCAGGUCCUCCAGGUGAAAAAGGAGACAAAGGGUAUGAGGGCGUUAUGGGCCGGACGGGCCAGACAGGGUACAGGGGACCGAUCGGACCACCUGGCAUGCCUGCUAUUGUAGUCUGGUACACAUCGGAAGAAGAAUGGCAAGCAUUCAAGAAAAAUAAAUUCUACAAAAAACUAGUGUCGUUGUGGCCGAGAAUGAAGGGAUUACCAGGACCUCUGGGACCGUAUGGACAGCCUGGACCACCGGGCCCUCCUGGAGUUCCAGGCAAACAGGGAAGGAAGGGAGAGCAAGGCAAACUCGGAAGAAUAGGACCGGUUGGAAUGCCAGGGUCACCUGGGAGACCGGGACCAGAGGGCACAGCUGGGAAGGAUGGGGAGACGGGCUCUCCAGGACCACCUGGCGAGGAUGGCCCAAAAGGUUAUGCGGGAGAGAAGGGCAGUAAAGGGGAGCUGGGUGAGUGGGGGGAUCUUGGUGAACAGGGGCCUCAGGGAACCAAAGGAAGAAAAGGAGAGAAGGUAAAAUGUUGCUCCUGCUCUCCUGACUUUCACUAG